CAACGUGGGCGGUGCGUCGAGGAGCCCGAUCCCCUCGUACCACCAGAGCGGCUCCGCGCUCCAGGAGUCAGAAGCUGGGUAUGAAAGCAGCGGGACGUGACGGUGUAGUAAACCUGCUGUGAGGAAGAGGAGGAGGUGGAGGAGGAGGAGGUGUGUGUGUGUGUGUGUGUUUGUGUGUUUGAACCGAACCAUGCGUGUAAAAGCAGUUUUGGUGCGGGGCCAGUCCUGAAGGGUACCGGCGGUGCGGUGUCCGUCGGAUUGGUGCGCGUCUCUCUCCAAGGUGGAUUCGGUUUCCAGCCCCGGUAACACAAACUGACUUCAUCCGCGGGGAAACCGAGACCAACGGAAAAGGACAGUUCAUCACCUGAACACCAGCUGACAUAUUCCCGCUCCUGGACUCCUCAUUAAUGGAUCUAAACCUCCGAUAUUACGCGGACUGACUCCUCUCUGGCUACUUCACAUUUCCAUCCUUUUUUUAAUUUUUAAUUUUAUUUUUGUGGCACAAUUAAACUCCAAAAAGGAUCCGCGGAGAGUCAACCUGUCAUUUAAUGCCUCACAUUAAAAAUGAUGUGAACAGUAAAGAUCUGGAAAUGCGUCGCAAAUGCUUCUUUCUGCUCGAGGUGUGUGCCAUCGUAAGCCUCCUGCCGUCGGACUCUUUAGCAGAUCUGACAUGUGAAGCUCUGCUCAUGCUGUCGGGGAACGUCUCGUUGCAGUCCCUGGCCGCCUCCUGGAACCAAACCCUGAGCAACGCCACAGGUCAGUGGAGCGGCUCGGGACCCUACUGCGACACCUCCAUCGACGGCAUCGGCACCUGCUGGCCUCGGAGCAGCGCCGGCCAGAUGGUGUCGCGACCCUGUCCAGAGAUGUUCUACGGUGUCAGAUACAACACCACCAAUAAUGUUUAUAGGAAAUGUCUCGCAAAUGGGACGUGGGCGCUGAAGGGGAACUACUCCAUGUGUAAGGCCAUACUUCACGAGGAGAAGAAAGGAAAGAUGCACUACCAGAUAGCUGUGAUCAUUAACUUCCUGGGUCACUGCAUCUCAAUGGUGGCUCUGCUCAUCGCUUUCUUCCUCUUCUUGUGUUUGAGGAGCAUCCGCUGCCUGAGAAACAUCAUCCACUGGAACCUCAUCACCGCCUUCAUCCUGAGGAACGCCACCUGGUUCAUCGUCCAACUGACCAUGAGUCCCGAGGUGCACGAGAGUAACGUGAUUUGGUGCCGUCUCGUCACCGCCUCCUUCAACUAUUUCCACUCCACCAACUUCUUCUGGAUGUUUGGCGAGGGCUGCUACCUCCACACCGCCAUCGUCCUCACCUACUCCACCGACAAGCUCCGCAAGUGGAUGUUCAUCUGCAUCGGCUGGUGUAUACCGUUCCCUAUAAUUGUGGCGUGGGCCAUCGGGAAGCUGUACUACGACAAUGAGAAGUGCUGGUUUGGAAAGCGAGCUGGCGUAUACACAGACUACAUCUACCAAGGUCCCAUGAUUCUUGUGUUGGUGAUCAAUUUCAUUUUCCUCUUCAACAUCGUGAGAAUCCUGAUGACCAAACUUCGAGCCUCGACCACAUCGGAGACAAUCCAGUACAGGAAAGCAGUGAAGGCCACGCUGGUUCUUCUUCCUCUCCUGGGAAUCACCUAUAUGCUGUUCUUUGUCAACCCGGGGGAAGAUGAGAUCUCUCAGAUUGUCUUCAUAUAUUUCAACUCGUUUUUGGAAUCCUUCCAGGGCUUCUUUGUGUCAGUAUUUUACUGCUUCCUAAACAGUGAGGUGCGGUCGGCGGUGAGGAAGCGGUUCCACCGGUGGCAGGAGCAGCACUCCAUCCGGGCCAGGAUGACCCAGGCCAUGUCCAUCCCCACGUCACCUUCACGGGUCAGCUUUCACAGCAUCAAGCAGUCCACGUCGCUAUGAGAGCCGGAGGAAGCAGCUUUGUCGCCGUGUCAUCGUAUUUUCUGCCACAUUCACUGGAGGACACUGAAACACUUUCUGAGCUGGGGGAGGCGGCGA